AUGGAGUUGCAAGAACGGGUGUCAAGCAGAUCAGACUCUAGUGGUGUGGAGUCUCCGUCAGACAGACUGUCAGCCCGGACCAGCACAUACACACGCAGAGAGAACAGACUCGCCUCUCUGAGCAAAACAGAGGACGACUCGGCCAGCAAGGACUAUAAGAAGCUGUAUGAGGACGCACUGACUGAGAAUGAGAAGCUGAAGUCUCGACUGCAGGACAGCAAACAGGAGCUCACCAAAAUCCGCUCACAGCUUGACAGAGUCACACAGAAGCAGGACAGAAUAUCAGAGAGGUCCACUGUAUUUGAAUCAGAGAAAAGGGAAAAAGAAGCUUUGGAGAAGACGGUUUCAGACAUGGAAGAAGAAUUAAAGACCUUUCCCGCUCUGGCUCGGCUACAGGCUCUCCGCAGGGGGAACGCGCGCCUCCUACAGGAGAAUAAAGCCAUGCUGCACUCCCUCGCUCGCCUCACUCAGACGGCCUCUCUCCCCGAGACGGACGACCUCUAGUCCUCCUCUCUAUCUCUCUCUGUCCCUUCCUCCUUCCUGUUCUCCGCUGCACCCUGUAGUCUUCCUCCUCUGUCCCGCUGCUGCUCAACUCUCAGGCAGGUCUCUCUGUUUCAUUCCUUUGUUUUGCAUUGGUAAAGCUUUUUCGCUCCUUCUUUCUUUCUCCCUGUUUCUCUCCUGGGUCUGGGGAAGGGCAACCCCUCACAUUUCUGCAGCAGGCGGUGGCUUUGAAGAUAUUCAUAGAUCUUCCAAACACAUGACCAAACGUCUCUAUACUCCAGCAGUGUCCAGAUCAAAUCACAGCCUCUGUAGUGUCAUAUUCUAGUCUCUGUCAACACAUCUGCUCACUGGUUAUUAAUAACAUCACAGACUAUUGGAUGCCUAUAUUAAAC